AUGUACUACAGGAGCGAGAGACGGGUCCGCCGGCUGCUGAGGAGGAGGAGGAGGAGGAGGGAGGAGGGAGGGGGAGGGGGGAGGAGGAGGAGGAGGAGGGAGGAGGAGGCGACGGACGCGCGUCUCGGGAGGAGGUGUAUCGUUAAUACUGCUGGGGCGUGUGUGGAGGGACCCUGCCUCCGGUCGCCGGUGGUAGGUGGCAGGUCGUCUAUCUACCGCAUGCAUGUCUCUACGUGCCGCUUGCCCCCGCCCGGCGUCAGUCGCCCCACCAUUAAAAACUUACAACUACAAAUUGCACGAACACAACCGUCAACGUCUUUUUAA